CUGGAGAACCAUUACUUUCGAACUUAUCCAUGGUGUUUACGAAGCAGCGUAAGCCCCGUUUAUGGUCUUUAGACUACUCCAUAGCGUCAAAUGUACAUUGGUCAUUGGACGGACGCCCCGUACAUUGUGUGUGCGGCUUAGAUAACCGUUCCGUAGUCCACAAGCGCGUUCGAAUGCACAUGGCGAAUGCACAAACGCCUGUAUUUUAUGUAGCCUAACAGAACAUUUAGCCAAAUGAGUGUUACAGUCUGUCGUCCAAAAACCCGGAAGUGAGCUGGCUUUUUUGAGCCACAGGCUCCCCGCCUAUAGGAAUUUGGAUUUCUGCGGAAAAUAAGGUCUGAUUAACAUAAGCACAAGAUAGUUUCAUUCUACGAGAGAAAGCACACCCAUUAAUAUCUCAACUGUCAAUUUCGAGGCUCUUAUGUGCUUUAAAAAACUAAGUUGCUCACAAGUUCUUAUAUCAAAACUACGACAAGGGUCGCAUUUUGCUAUUCACCGCUCAUGUUUUCAACUUUCCAUACUAGCCCGUCUGCACGCGACAACCGUUGUAGUUUCAAUAUAGCAACGCACUUUUUUUAAAGCACAUAGUCUAAUGGAUAUGAAAAAUAACGGUUUGAGAUAUUAAUGGGCGUAUAGCUUAAUUUUUCUCGUAGAACAAAGCGAGAAAACGGAAUCCGUAAGAGAAAAAAAGCACUGGAAAUUUGCCAAGGGAUGCCAUGGAUCAUGACGAAAGAAUGUACUCGCUUUUUGCAACUCGUAUAAUCGUUUACGAGUGGCGUUAAGCAAGGCAACUAAACAAGUACGCCAUAGUUUCCACAACGUUCAAAGGCGAAUAAUAAUGAUCAAUAAUACAGUAUAAAUCCUAAAUAAAGUAUAAAAAAACUUAAAGGUACUCAUAUUCAAAGUUGUAGUUACCAUGUAUACCGCACUAUUUAUUACAGGGAUAGUUGCAGGGAUUUAUAUAAUCGUGUACAAUGUUUUAAUUAAAAGACAGAGGUGUAAAAGCUCUACUACAUUGCACGGGAAGACUGCGAUCGUAACAGGGGCCAACACAGGCAUUGGAAAGGCCACAGCCCUGGAAUUGGCCAAAAGAGGGGCGAGGGUCAUCCUGGCCUGUCGAAGUCAGGAAAGAGCAGAGGCUGCCGUCCGUGACAUUAAGAGGGAAAGCGGGAAUGCAGAAGUGGUGUACAUGCAGCUGGACCUGGCGAGCCUGCAGUCGGUGCGCUCCUUCGCUGAGACCUUCCUAAAGACAGAACCAAGACUGGACCUUCUCAUCAACAAUGCAGGACUCUUGGUGGAAGGAAAGACAGAGGAUGGCUUUGGCAUGAUCUUUGGUGUCAAUCACCUCGGUCACUUCCUGUUAACUCUUCUGCUGCUGGAGCGUCUGAAGGAGUGUGGCUCAAGCCGAGUGAUAAAUGUGUCCUCCAAAGGUUACACUUUUGGAACCGUUGAUUUCAACUACCUGAGCACUCACAAAGAGCUUGGUGUGGGGGGCAGCGGCUAUCGGCUUUUUAAAUUGUACUGCCACAGCAAGCUGUGCAAUGUGCUCUUUACUCAUGAGCUGGCGAAGAGACUGCAAGGAACCAGUGUCACCUGCUACAGUCUACAUCCAGUUUUUAUCUUUGUCUUUAAAAGAUGCGUUUCACACCGCCAGGACAGUUAUCUUGUGUCUUAUCUCUUUAAUUUCCUUAGGGCCAAGACCAGUCAAAACAGAAAUAGCUCGCCACACCGGUAUAUGUUGGAAGAUCUUCCUCAUUCCUACAAGCUGGCUGUUCACUGUGGACCCAGAUUCUGGUGCCCAGACCACCCUGCACUGUGCCCUCCAGGAGGGCAUUGAGCCGCUAAGUGGCCGUUACUUCUCCGACUGUGUCGAGGAGGAGGUUCUCCCCAAGGCCAAAGACGACGCGGUGGCCAGGAAGCUGUGGGAAGUGAGCGAGAGACUGAGCGGGCUGUCCUGAGAGAACAUCAGCACCUGGCCUCCCGCAGUCCUGAUGGCUACAGAUAGGAAACGUUGUUUUGUACACAUGAGCGCUUCGUGGGAUUUUGGCAAUAUCAUUUUAUAUGAAGACCCUAGGCCAGGGGUCUGCAACCCUGGUCCCAGAGAGAGUAAUUUUUUACUGCUGCUCAGCACUUAAUUAAUCAAUCAUGGGAGCUGAUUACACUGUUAGCUUAUCUGGUUUGCAUGUUCUCCCCGUGUCCGCGUGGGUUUUCUCCGGGUACUCCGGUUUCCUCCCACAGUCCAAAGACAUGCAGGUUAGGUUAACUGGAGAGUCUAAAUUGCCCCUAGGUGUACUCCUGCCGUUGCCCUUGACCAAGUCACUGGCCUCGGAACUGGAGUUGGUCCCCGGGUGCCGCACUGUGGCUGGCUGCCCACUGCUCCUAAGUAAUUAGUAUGGGUUAAAUGCAGAGGACGCAUUUCGUUGUCUUAGAAGGCAAUGACCUGAAUUUAAUCUAAUCUGGUUUUCGGGGUCUGAAUUUUUGUCUGAUGCCUGGACAAGGUUACAUACCUUUGCCAAAGCAGAAUAUGUAUUAAAAAAUUAAUUUGUAAAAAAAAGAUUCUCAGCAUGAAAAAUAUGCCAUUGUGCGAAACAUGUUCAACACAGAAGUCCUCUUACAAUUAAAAUGUACUGCAGUAUA